CGCGGACUUCUCAAAACGCACGAAUUUUCGCCGGGAGACUCUACCGCAGGUAAAACAGGGUAAAAUGGCUGGAAAAGCUGUCAAAUCUAUUCAGGAAUUAGGAGAGUUGUUGAAAUGCGGCGAUAAAGUGGAUGCUGAGUCAAACAGCCACGUUUGGGACGCUUUUAAUCGAAUUUUCAAAGUUUCAAUGAAGUCAAGUCAAAUGACGAUUCCAAAAUCGUUCGAGGCGAAACUCACGCGAUGGUUUCAUUUGCCCGGUGAUGUGAACGAAGAAGAGUCUAUAAAGAGAGCAGAAUUUCAAACCAUUGGUUGGUAAUAUUGAGUGUCUAUGGACUUUUUCUCCUAUAUAUCUCCAUCUACUGUGCUCGCUUUGGGUGCGAAAUGGUUUACCGCGCUUGGGACGGGGUUGGAAGUAUCUGCCGCUGUUAAUUGCCACAUUGUUUUGAAAAAAAGGAAAACCGCAGUGCUGUUUACUUUUUUUUACUUUUUAUUUAAUUUUGCAUUUAAAGUUGCAGAGUAGUUUUUUGUGACACGAUACAUUUCAGUUAUACCUGCAGCGCUAUCAGACUGUUUCUCAUAAACACUAGACGUUCGAAGGCCGAUUUACUCUAAAUUCGAGAUUUCCUAGUAUUUUAAGAAAAAAAUUUAAAACAAAUCAUAGAAUAAGAUUUUGUUCUCGUAAAUUCAAACUGCCUGUUUAAAUUACAAAAAAAAAGAGUUCUUAUCCUAUGAUUAGUUUUAAAUUUUUCGCGCGUAAAAUAAGAAAACUUUUUCUUAAAUUGAGAGAUUCGGAGCAAUCUCGAAUUUAGAGUGAUUGGCGCUAACCCGGCGUUAAAUUUUAAUGUGGGUUUCUUUUUCUUUUGAUCAUCAGCAUUUCCUCGAAUAGUAUUUUCUAUUCUUUUUAGGGUAUCUAAUCAUCAAAUUGUAGACGAAAAGAAUUAAACUGAAUUUGCUUUUUCAGUUUUUAUAUCUGAAUUCAAAUUUGGCACUAACCCUCUUAACCCAGCUUUGAACAACACGGCCCUGUAUAGGGUAUGCAUAAUAAAAUGUUUGUGUGGAUGGAGAUAUUUUGCAGAAGAAUGAGACAGAGACAGUACAUCAGGGUUAGUAAGAAAUUACUGGUGGUCAGGAAUGGGGAUUCAGGGACGUAGCUAGGGGAGGUCCUGGGGUGCCCGUGAGCCCGUGUGCCUGUGACCAAAUGCACGGCAGAACCUCAACAUCUGAAUCAAAGUCUUUAAUUUGGUUUGGCAGGCAACUGAGGGCAACAAGGUUUGCCAUGCUACAUGACUCUGGCAGGGCAGUGAUUCAGACGUUGUGCUUAUACCGUGUCGGACCUUACAGAGUUUCCCCUCAAGCUGCAAAGAUAAAUCAUUCUGCAUGAGCCACAGAUUUCUGAUUGAAUUUCUUAGUUUAAAUAUUUUGCAUAUUCUAUUUGUAGUGAGAGUAUUUGAUCGCUGGACUUGCAACCAAACUUGUUUUAAUGCUGCCAGAGCCCUUAAACCACUCAACAAUGGUGAAGCCAAGACUCCUCAUUCUGUUGAAUUUCCACCGGGCACUACAGUACCUGGAUGCGACUUCUGUAGCCCAUUGGACUACACUGCUGCUGGUGAAUUAUUUUCUUGACUGCUUUCACACCUACAAUCAAUCGGGUAUCUUUGGAGAACAACACAAUCACCCCUCCCCUCUUCCUUCCAUUUAAAUUUGGGGUGUUGGCAGGGUUGUCAAAAGUAGCCAGCUGCUGGCUAAAAUGGCCACCUACUUGUUUAGUAUCAGCCAGCUACUAUGCUUGCCAUUUCUUUGCAGAUGGCGUUUUUUAAAUAAAAUAUCCCUGGGCUGGCUGCCUACUUUGACAACUCAGCCAUCUACUUCAAAACUUUCUGACAACCCUGUGUUGGUAACUUAAACAAUGGCACAACAUUGCAUGGAGGGGUGGGGGAGGGUAAGCUGUGGGGCACCUAGUGACUCUGAAGGGCUCUGAAUCCUAAAAUUUUCAGUAUAAAGACAAAACGUCCCCUAUAAUUUUCAAAUGAAAUCAAGGCUACUACAUGUCCUCAAACUUUUGACCAGACCCAUAAGGGUAGCUAACACUUUCAAAAAGCCACUUAAGACUUUCAUGACAACCAAUGUUCCCCUAAGAUAUUCGAACAGAUAAAUAGUUUUUGGAGAACUCCAAAUUAACCAAACAGGCUUCUAAAGCACAGAGAAAGCCAUUUUGAGACAUUUCUAGUGUACAGUCAAACUUCCCGUAAGCGACCACCCAAAAUGCAAAGGCUGAGUGGUCCCUUACUGGAGGUGGUCGUUUACAAGAAUUGAACCACAGGGGGCCUUCUCCGAGAAGAGUUCCAGGCACAUCUACUUUUUGGAAGAUAACUUAUUGCAUGCAACGUCUAAGUUAUGACAUGCAUAGUUCCAUGUUGUCACUAAAGUUCUUUGUAUAUUCUAAGUAGCAUAGUGCACAAAGUGAACAUAGAGAUCAGAGAAUGUGUCAAGUGGUCCCCUACAAGAGGUUAAAAACAAUGGAAAAUCAUUAACCGUCAGGCCCAAAAAGUGGUCAUGGUUGCUUACAGGAGAUGGUUGUUUACUAGAGGUUACCACUGUAAGGCUUUGGCUGGGGAAAUUUUGGUGUUUUGGAUUGGUGGCCAUUUAUGGGAGGUGGUUGCGUAUGGAAGUUUGACUGUAUUUGGAAACAUUUUGUCGUUGGAUGUCCCUGAAAGCUUUCUUUUCCCCUUUUUAAGUGGGCAAAGUAUCAGAGGGGCUCUUUAGGGCAGUGUCUCAACUAAUUUUGUUGCCUAUUGUCUAAAUCAAAAUCUAGGUGCGGUUGCCCUAUUAUGUUAGCUGCAUAUGACAUGUGCAAAUAAGCAAAACAUCAGUCUAAACAUAUUUUCCUUACAUUUUAUCUUUCCAGAUCUUUGGGGUCGUUUGGACAAUGAAAGUGGUUUGACAGCAUCUAAUGUUGCCAAAUAUGACGCCCUACACAGUAUGGUUGUGUUCAAAGAACAUUCACCAAGUCACUGGAACAAGGUACAACUUGAGUUGACACCAUCUGGGCGUGACAUCGUGUUGCGAAGGCCUCAUUACCAUAUGCCACAUGAUGAGAGGCCACCCAAGCAAUCAUGGCUCUAUGAAACUUUUGACCCCAUCUUGAUAUCCCCGAAACAGUUCUGAUGGGUCACGAGGUCAAGUUUUUGCAUCUGUCUUUUUGUUUUAAGGCUUCACACCUUUAAUGUGAAGCAAGGUCUCUGCCAGGUCUUUGAGUUUACCAUAAACUCUCUCUGAUGGGCUGGGUGGGUAUGAAGGGGUUGAUAUCAGUUGGGACAUAAGUCCUGUUUCAAACCCUUUCAGCAUGUUAAGUCACCAUGGCAAAUUCAGUAAAUUAAAAUCAUGAAUAGAAAUAUGUGCCAUUGUAAGGGUUAUGGUUUAAAAUCAUUUGAUGGUGUUAAAAAAUGCUUGGGCCUGGUCCACAGACAGGGCUGGGGUGGGAAGGAGCCACUCCUUUAUAUAUGCUGUAGAGGUAUGGGCUGUUGCCAUGGAGUAUGGUGUUGCCUCUUUUGGUUUGAAGUUGAGUAUAUGUUUUAAUGUUUCUUUUGAAGAAAUUCAUUUGGCUAUAUAGAUUUGUGAAAAUGUUUUUUUCUUUUCAGAGGAAGCUUCAUGAUAUGCUAGACUUGUGUACUGAGUGGUUUGAAAUUACACAUAGGAAUCACCCUCAGGCCAUCUAUCCAAUCUUGAAUUGGAAUUGCCGUGCACGGGCAGGUGCGUCACAACACCAUGGUCAUUCCCACAUGUUACUGGCAGAAAACUUUCACUACGGUCAAUGGGAGCGCCUGCAACAAGCUGCCAAGAUGUAUUCUCUGGAAUAUCCUGAAUUUAACUACUUUGAUGACUUAGUGAGUGCCCACAGAAACUUGAGACUAGCAAAAACCUUUGGUGGCGCUUGUGUGUUUACCCAUUUGGCACCAUAUUGUGGUUAUGAAUUCAAGGUUAUCUCUUGGAACUUUGACGAUGAUUUUAAACUAGCAAUCAACGAGGCAGUUGAAGCUCUUAUUCACAAGUUUGGUUCCGAGUGCUUCAACUUGUGCAUUCACUUUCCUCCCUUUUGCAAUGGACAACUUCGGAAAAGUGCACCAGUGGAGGAGAUCAAAAAUAGCUACCUGGAGACUGGUGAUGUACCCAUGCCAUUUAUGGCUCAUCUUGUUGACCGCGGCGGUGUGAAAAGUUCGUCAUCUGAUGUUUGUGGCAUGAGAAUUUAUGGUAGUGCGAUAGUUAAUGAAGAUCCUUUUUCAAUAGCCCAACAGUUGGGGUGGCUAGUUUGACCUGCUGUCAUUGAGUUGUGAAAGAUCUCUUUUAAAUCUGACUAUUUAUUUUUACUAGUCUUUAACUGACAAUUUUAUUUUUAAUUAAUGCAUUUAUGAAUUGGAUAAUCCUGCCAAUUCCUUAAAUGUGUCUGCUUGUACUGGGGUGGUACAUUUCAUUGUGAUUUGCUAAAAGUUUUGAAAUUACAAACUUGGUGAAUAACACAGCGUACACGUGAUAAAUGGGAAAGUCAGAUUUAUUUAUUAUCUGUGCAUUGAUAAGUACAGAAAUUAGAAUCUGAUCUGGCAACUAUAAGAAAGUCUUGAGUGUAACAAAUACAUGUAUUUUAGGGACAGUUUAGCAUUUUGCUAGUUGAAUACUACUUAUAAUUUUAUUUCUUUUCACUACAACUCCCACCAGUAAAUCAAAUUUUACACUGGUAGAUCAGAUUUUACAACUUUUAUUGUUCACUUUAGGG